CCGGGCGCCGGGGAGUCCGGCCGCGUUCCCUGCCCGCCGCGCGCUCGCGUUCGCGCUCGCCCCCGCCCCCGCCCCCUUCCCCGCCCCCGUACGCGGGCUUCCCCGCCGCCAUGUGCUCGUUAGCGUCGGGCGCCGCGGGCGGCCGGGGCGCCGCGGCGGCGGAGGACGAGCUGCCGGAGCUGUCGGACAGCGGGGACGAGGCCGCCUGGGAGGACGACGACGAGGACGAGGACGGGGCCGGGGCGGAGGCGGCGCUCCCGCACGACCAGCAGCAGACGCCCUGCCUGUUCUGCCACAGGUUAUUUAUAUCUGCCGAAGAAACGUUUUCACACUGUAAGUCUGAGCAUCAAUUUCAUAUUGAUAACAUGGUCCAUAAACAUGGACUUGAAUUUUAUGGAUACAUUAAACUAAUAAAUUUUAUUAGACUUAAGAAUCCUACAGUUGAGUAUAUGAAUUCCAUCUACAACCCAGUGCCUUGGGAGAAAGAAGAGUAUUUGAAGCCAGUAUUAGAAGAUGACUUAUUACUUCAAUUUGAUGUAGAAGAUCUUUAUGAACCAGUGUCAGUCCCAUUCUCAUAUCCCAAUGGCCUCAAUGAAAACACAUCCGUUGUUGAAAAAUUGAAACAUAUGGAAGCCAGGGCACUGUCUGCUGAAGCUGCAUUAGCUAGAGCACGUGAGGAUCUGCAAAAAAUGAAACAAUUUGCUCAGGAUUUUGUGAUGAACGCAGAUGUCAGAACCUGCUCGUCAUCUACUACUGCCAUUGCAGACCUCCAGGAAGAUGAGGAUGGUGUUUAUUUCAGCUCAUACGGGCAUUAUGGGAUACAUGAAGAAAUGCUAAAGGACAAAGUGCGAACAGAAAGUUACCGAGAUUUUAUAUACCAAAAUCCACAUAUCUUCAAAGACAAGGUAGUUUUGGAUGUUGGUUGUGGAACUGGAAUUCUCUCUAUGUUUGCAGCUAAAGCUGGGGCAAAGAAGGUUCUUGGAGUUGAUCAGUCUGAAAUACUUUACCAGGCAAUGGAUAUCAUAAGACUAAAUAAACUUGAAGAUACUAUUACACUAAUUAAAGGAAAAAUUGAAGAAGUUUGCCUUCCUGUAGAAAAAGUGGAUGUUGUUAUAUCUGAGUGGAUGGGCUAUUUUCUUCUUUUUGAAUCUAUGUUAGAUUCUGUCCUUUAUGCAAAGAACAAGUACUUGGCAAAAGGAGGAUCGGUCUACCCUGAUAUUUGUACUAUCAGCCUUGUGGCAGUAAGUGAUAUGAAUAAACAUGCUGAUCGAAUUGCGUUUUGGGAUAAUGUCUAUGGCUUCAACAUGUCUUGUAUGAAGAAAGCAGUUAUUCCAGAAGCUGUUGUGGAAGUUUUAGAUCCGAAGACUCUGAUUUCAGAUGCUUGUAGUAUUAAGCAAAUAGAUUGCCAUACAACAUCUGUCUCAGCUUUGGAGUUUUCUUCAGAUUUUACCCUGCAAAUUACAAAGACAUCCAUGUGCACGGCAAUUGCUGGCUACUUUGAUAUAUAUUUUGAGAAGAAUUGUCACAGCAGGGUCGUGUUCUCCACGGGCCCCCAGAGUGCCAGAACACACUGGAAACAAACAAUAUUUCUAUUGGAAAAGCCAUUUUCGGUUAAAGCAGGUGAAGCCUUGAAAGGAAAGAUCACAGUCCACAAGAAUAAGAAAGAUCCACGUUCUCUCAUUGUGACUCUCACAUUGAAUAAUUCAACUCAAACUUACGGUCUCCAGUGAAAAAGCUACAAAAGCACAACUAACUUUCGGUUCUUACUGUGAGGGUGGGAUAUGGAUAGGGGGUGGAAAGAGAGUUUUUUGGUGAACAUAUGGAUGCUGGAUCCUUCGAAUGAGCCUCCUCAAUAGGAGCCUCCUCUAAUGUGCCUCCUCAGAGACACAUGGUAGGAAUCUGAUAAAAUUCAGUUUAGAAAGGGAACCAACUGAUCCUAGUGGACCACCUACAUAAUCAGUCUUCGAAGUCUAGUCAGCAAGAUUUUACUAAAUGUAACCCCUACAUUGAGGUUAGCUAUAUUGGAAACCAUUUAAAUAGGCCUAAAUAUGAAACAGAGAUAGUCUUCUGUUAUUUUUAAUGUUUCUUACUAUAAAUUUUAAACACCAGUAACUGAUCAGUUACUUGGAUGUUUUAUUCAAUUAGUAACUAUACACAAGCUAUUAUACAUUUUAUUGCAGAUUUCUACCCUGAAGAGUAGUUUUUCAUUGUAUUAUUUGCUAGAAUAUCAAUAUAAUUAAAGAGCAAGUGGGAGAGACUAAAAUAUGGAAAAGAGCAUCACACAAAUAAUAUUUGAAAGACAGCUUAGUUGAUCAUGCUCUAGUUCUGAAUGUUUCAUUUUGUAGCUUCUUUCCUCUUUGCGAAUAUUCUUUUGCUAUAUAGUUUUCUAGUACUAUCCAGGAAAUCUAACUUCAAUACAUUUAUCCUAGGUUUCAUACAAGUUUUUAAAGGGAAAAAUAAGUACUUAUUUACUAAUAUGACAUCUUUUUCACACCAAAUUUAUGUGCAGAGUUAAACAUGUAACUGAUAAUAUACUUAUAGUUGUGUUAUUUAUAGUUGUUGACUCAAUUUGAAAUGCAGAAUAGAAAAUAUUCAAUAAAAUGUGUACAACCAUUAGCAUUAUAAAAUGGUAUUUUUAACAUAUAAAGUCUUUUAUAAAAUCAGAAGCAUUUAAAACAAGUCUUAAAGGAAUCAUCUUUAAGAAAAUAAGGAUUUAAGGACAGCUGGGUCAUAUAGUUUUCAGUUCAACAGCUAGUUCUUUUUCAAAAUAAGACAUACACAAGACAUACAUAGCAUAGUGUUGAGCAGUACAAGCUCUGGAGUCCGUUUCUAGGUGCAGGCUCUGGUGACAGCUCAUACUUGCUGUCUGGCCUUAGUCCUGUUCCUUAACCUCUCUCUCCCUCUAUGAAUGUGCCAGUUUAUGAGUUAAUACAUUUCAACUACUUCAACCGGUGCCAGACACCUAGAAGACACUUAGUAAGGUGAUGGUAUCGUCAUCAUGCAGUCAAGGAUCCCUUUCAUGGAAUAUGUGGUAUCUACAUUAGAUUUUUUGGGAAUUGUUCCCUCAUCAAAUACUACCCUUAAGUACAUGAAUGUGUGGGGAGAUUUCAAGGAAAUUAAUAUAGCAAAAACUAUUCAAAAAUUGUCUUUUGGUCUUACAGAACUGGACUUGUAGCAAUGGGAAAAUUAACCCCUUCAAAUGAUGUGUUUUAGACCAUAGUCUCUUAAGUCUUCUUCUAUAAGCAUGAUUUGUUUUCACGGAGUUAAAACCAACCAGCUUGUAUUUGAAUUUAGAAUAUUACUAGAAAUGUGUGGUGCUGAUAAUAUACCUCAAAGUACUUUAAAUUUUGUCUGGAAUGAUUUCAUGUACAAAUUCGAGUAUGGUAAGGCGAUAAGAAUAAGGAAGAUUUCCAUAAAAAGAUUUCAUGACUAUUUAAAGUAACCAAAAACCAUCUAUUUUGUUUUGUUUUUAUUUCAUGUAAGUGCAUACCAAAUAUUUUUUACUAUUUAAAAAAGUAUUUCCCAAACUGAUAUUUUUGAAAACUCUUGUUUGAUUUGUAUAGGAUUUUCACCCAAUGGCUCCUUUGAUUUUCUCCUGGUUAUAAAUAACCCAACUAUAGUUGGUAGAUCUCUGUUCUUUUCCAUUUGCCUUCCUAGGCUAAAACAUCCUAAUGUGUGUGCCUAAACAUUUUAUGAGAAUAGGAGAGUCCAAAUGUUAGCUCUUCAAUUAGAAUUUCAGCUGUUAAACUGCUACAAAUAAUUAAAAACUUCCUAGCCCUUGACAAUGAUAAAUACACUAUCCUUUCAUGCUGUGGCAUAUACACAUAUAUGGAGAGCAAACUACUCUGUUCCAAGGAUUUUAUUUCAUUUCCAUUAAAAGAAUACAUUUUUCCUCCUA